GGCGAGGCCGACGCAGCACGGAGGUCGAGGGUCAGGUCGUGCACUUCCACGUGGCAGUUCCUGUGCGGCGCGUCUACGCCCACGACCUGGACGUCAUCCACGCCACGUGUCGCCUGUGGAAGACGGGCGGGCCUGAGCCCCAGGACCCUGCCUACGAUUCCGUCACCGUCAGCGUCUACCGCAUGGACGGCAACGCGCGUCGCCGCCGCCGCCGUAAACAGCCCGUACUGCUCCAUUCACUGAACGUCUCCGUGACCGGCGACGAGUGGUUGACCAUGGAUCUGACCGAGGCUGUGCGGGGGUGGAUAGCGUCGCCCCGCGGCGAUGCUGACGUUCUCGUGCAGUGCCAAGAGUGCAGUGCCGCGGGCGUCACUAUCCAUACAGGUACCAACACCUCGAACACCACAUACGUGCCCACGUUGGACGUGCAGACGCAGCUGCCCGCCGGCCGGAGGGUGAAGCGUUCGCGCGAGCUGACGCGGGCCACCAAGCCGAAGUGGCGGCGACGCAGCGACUGCUCCGAAAAGAAGCGGAAAGGAAGACGUCAUUCUCGAUGCUGCAGACGCUCCAUGAAGGUUCGCUUCAAAGAUCUUCCUGACUUUGAUUUCGUCGAAUCUCCAGAGGAGUUUGACGCCUUUUACUGCAGCGGCAACUGCCCUGCACGCUUCAAUCCAGCCAACGAGCAUGCACUCUUACAAUCCCUUCUAAAAUUGAAACACAAAAAGAAAAUUCCGGGGCCUUGCUGUGCCCCCACCGCUCUGCACGGAUUACAUAUUCUUCACCUCACUGAGGAUAACAAACUUGCCACCACGUACUGGGCUGACGUCAUUGUCACGGAAUGUGGCUGUGCUUGAGGUUAACAGUCGUGUUAGUUUUCUAGAAUCAGUGGCUGGGCUGAGCCCCACGUCAUAGAGUGACCGCAGCAGCAGUCUAACAGCGGCAUGCGGCCUUUACUAGUCACUCCCACUACGCUUCCAAACCGCCAGGGCAGAGCCGCCCGAACCGCCCACAGUUCGGGCCGAGUCGCGAGCCCGGCUGCCUCGCCGUGUGACCCCACAAUGUACUUGAUGUUCUGGUGUAGCUGAGCUGCAGCGUGAGCAUGUGCGCAGCCCUGUCUCUCGUGCAUCAGACUUUUCUUGGUUUGACUUUCCGGAGAAGGAGGUGCAACCCACAGCCAGAGAAGGGACUGUGUGCUAUGCACAGAUUGUAACGCAAUUUCCCCCACUUUGUUAUCUUGGUCUGUCACAUCAGUUAAUAGGAUAACUGACUCUCACACCACCCGUUAUUCUACAAGAUUUCCAUUUUCUUGUGUAGAUUUAUUUUUUCACUCAUUCUUUGCCUGUCUUAUCUUAUAUAUACCUCACAUCCUCUCAAUAUAGUCAUCCGGUCCCAUAUGCCAGUUGCGUGGGAAUAAAGGAAUCUUUUAUUUUACCUGUUUGAUGUUGUGCACUUACAUUGCGUUGUGGAGUGGCUUUUGUUUCUAUGUGGCAUUCCCUAAGUUUAUACUUUUAUAUGGAAACGGGUGUUCUGACGCCACUUUGACAAUGUGCGUGCUUGGUCUGUGUGUUUGGGUAUGUGCGUAUGUGCGUGCGUUCUCGCUUGCUUUUGUAUAUGAACCCUCCUCAGCCCACCGCCAUGGUUACUUUCAAUGGUGACACCUAAACUAUUAUAAUCUAAGCAGUAUUGAGUGUUGUACAUUGCGUGUUCGUUGUCUAUCUGUGAUAAAUGUGCAUAUUGGUAUCUUGAGGUUGUAUAUUUUAUAUUUUAUCAUAGUUAUUUAUGUUAGUCUGUUCUAUGAUAGAUAUUGAAGUAUUUAGGUUAGGGUAAUGUAACCAAGUAACUAGGUUUCAGAGUGCAUAAAAUGUUUUUCUUCUUCUUCGAAUUUUUCAACAUGCCAGUAAAUUGUGGCAUGGAAUUAGGAUCGACUUUUGGAUUUUAGCUAAGCGAUACCUUCAGAUGCUCUGUGGCACGUCUUCUUCAACUGAAUUCCCCAGCUUCACGUGACUCGUUCUUCUAAUACUUUCCUUUACUGUGUUGAUGAAUCUGUGACCAUUGAUGACGAUGACGCUUGAGGUAUCUGUCUCUCAGUUCCAUUUUGGUGUACGUGUCCGCUGUCAUCGUAAACACUGAUGUUGCUACCUGCCCUUAAUUUUGUUAAGACGGUGUUGUGGGACAUCUCUGGAUUGCAAUAUGCCGAUUUCCAAUUUUUUUAUGAUCUUAACAGGGAAACUGCUUUGAUAUCCUAGUUACUGUGACAUACAAAGUUCACCACACAGUUAAACGAAGAACAAAAAUAUGUAUUUUUAGGAGUAGGUAAAGAACCAAUGAAAGAUUUUUGUAUUAGUUAUUAACUUUGAUGUUAAACAGUUGUGAGUGAACACUGAUAGAAACUUUUAAAUUUUAUUUGAGAGUUUAUUUUACCACACUAUUGAAAUCACAAUGGAUAGACAAUUUUAAGAUUAAGUUCUGAAUAUACACUAUAUUUACUAUGAACAUGUAUUAAGGAAUGGUGUUCAAACGAAAUGAAAAGGCAUUCAUA